AUGGAUAAACCAACUUUCGUCUUCUCGCUCGGUGCUUGGAUUACUCCCGUCGUUUUCGAUGCCGUGCGUGGCCGUCUGAAUACCCUCGGUUAUCCUUCCGAGUGCCCUGCGCACCCCUCCAUCGGCGCGGAGCCCCCUUCCCUAACAUUGGAUGACGAUGUUUCCUCUCUGCGUGGAGUAUUGACAACUCUAGCAGACGAGGGAAAGGACAUUGUUCUUGUGGCACACUCCGAGGGGCUGGCGAAGCAUGUUCGCCCGGAGAGCGGGAAGCUUGGAGGCAUUGUGAAGGUGGUCUAUAUGGCUGCCUUUGCGCUAGACAAAGGACAGAGCUUGCUGGGAAUGCUGGGAGGAGUCUAUUUACCCUGGAUGAAGGUCGAGAUCAAGCUGACCAAGAGAAAGGGCGACUACGUUCACGCAGACGGUACCGGCAACGUUGGCUGGCAGGACCUGGCCGUGGAGGAGCAAGAAAAAUGGAAUCAGACGACAAUGCACACCUCACGCGCGGUCUUCUCAGGUGAAACCACAUACGAGCCGUGGCGCGAUAUCCCUUGCUCCUACAUCAUCUGCGAGCAGGACCAGGCUCUACCGCCAGCUAUCCAGGAGUUCUUUGCCUCGAAAAUGGGCGGGCCUGAUACUACCCACCGCUUGCCGAGCUCGCAUUCGCCGUUCUUGAGUAUGCCCGAUCGUCUGGUAGAUGUUCUGGAAGAAAUAGUGAAGGUGUAA